UAUAAAUUAAUAGUCCUCUUGUAUGUAUACUGAGAGAGUAGUCGGCAGUCGGCAGUCAGCGGCGAAUAGCUGCAGCUUGAGGUAGCGAUCUUUAUCCGCCAUCAUGCAAAUUUUGGUAUAUAUCAGUUGCGCGAUACUGGUCGGGGCGGCGGCCGGAUCGGGCUCGGGCUCCAUCCCGGUGUACGUGCACAUCAGCCUCGGCCGCAGCCCGUGCAACCGCUCCAUCUGGCAGGACGAGAGCAAGCUGUACAUGCAGACCGAGGACUCGGCCCUGCGCCGCGACAUCGACUGCUCGCUGCGCUACGACCCCGACAUCAAGGGGCUGUACAAGGACCGCCACGACCGGUACCUGGUGGACUCGUUCGUGGUCACGUGCUACAAGGCGAGCGGCGCCGUGCCCGAGCGCUACCUCACGAGUAGCGAGGACCACUGCGCGCCGCGCGAGCGCAAGCCGCAGCGGGUCAAGCUCGGCAUCAGCGACUCCGACACGUACGAGAACUACCACGUGCUGCUGUACACGCGUCACUCCAAGCUCAAGCGCAACAUCUUUUGCACCAUGAACGAGGAGCCGCGCCCCGAGCACGGCUGGGACCGCCGGCACGUCGUCGCCGUCUACAGGUCCAGUUGUAUCAGAGGAAAUUAA